UUAUCCCCAUAAUGUACGAGGCCACUGAGUCUCGGUGAUUUGUAAUUAAUCAUAACUCUUUCGUUAUUAAGGGCAGAAAUGAAGAGGAUCAUGAAGAUGCCAUCGCACAUACGGCUGAUUGUGCUGCUGUCCAUUGUGUCUGUUCACAUCCUGGGAGACGCAGUCUGUCCGUCUCGUCUCUACCAGAUCCUCUUCAAUGGAGGACAGAAACUUGCCGCUCCAUAUGUGCAGUUCAACACCACUAACGCAAUACAUUGUUCAUCCACCUGCAACGCAAAUCCAAGCUGUUGGAUCUACACCUGGGACACAGAGACAAAAGAAUGCGGCCUCCUGCAGAGUCUGUCUUGGCCAGUCACCACCGUAGCAGCUCCCCCUUCGUUACGCACCCACUACAUCAAGGGUAUGAAUGGCAAGGUGCUAGACAGGACGAGUAUUAAAGGUUACUGGUCUAUCGUGAAGACAGAGUGUGAGGGGAUUGGAGGACGUCUGCAUAUGCCCCCUGACAGCACCUAUUCCCGAUUAAUACAUUAUCUGCUGGGCGAGGAGAAGCUCUGGGUAGGCAUGAGUCGCAAACCGACGGAUGAUAUGUACACUUGGUUUGACAUGGAUGGAAAUCCCGCCGUGACAAAGAUGGAAUGGAGGCCAAAGAACCCUAAUAAUGCCGGUGGUGAUCAAUUUUACAUGGCCACUUGGAAUGGUACAAUGAAUGAUGACGGCACCAUUUAUAUUUAUUACGGCCUUUGCGAUGUUCCACGAUGUGUUAACUGGCUGUGCUGAUCGUCCAGAUGUUUGGAGGAUUGCCACUGAAAUUGGACAUUUCAGUAAAUCAUUUUUGCUUGAUGGUAUAGGUAAAAAAACUCGUUCAUUGUAGUAGGUACUUUCACAAAAGCACUCAUUGUUGAAUGUUGGUAGAUUUUGUAAGCAAAACUGCACUGUCAGCAGUUUGGUCUUUUCUUCGACUAAUUGGCAGCAGGUUAGGCUAAUGCAGGUCAAGAGAAACGAAUGGAAAAUAUCCCUAAUUAAGACUAGCAAUCGAGUUGUAAUCCUUUACCUCAGAGGGAUAAUACUUACACAGGCUAGACUUAUACAACAGAGGAAGGUUUACAUAGUCUGUUGACCACCAUCCCUGCAACUCUUAGUUUCUGGUAAGUAGUCACAUUGUGUGAAAUUCUGUUGUGGUUGAGUAGGUUAUGUGAGUAGUGGUUGCACGUUGUGAACUGGUGUGUGCAAAUUGGUUAAAUAUUGCACUCUGAGUUUUAUUAUAGCAAUAUAAACUGCCUCUAAUGGACUCUAGGAAUUCACCAUACUACUUUUAAGAGGUUAAGACACAAUAUAGAUUUGAUAAUAAUUUGAGGGAAAGUUACAAUAAUUUAGACUCCAUUUUCUAUUUCUGAAGUGUGUUUCCCCAAAUGUUUAUAAAGUGAGAGGGUGAGAUGUUUUAAACAAACUGAAGACCACAAUUAUGUAAAUUAGCGAAGGUUGAAUGAAGUACUGGUCAGCUAUUUCUGUAUUAUUAGUUCAUGAUGUAAAAUAUUCCUCAUUAUUACGAAGACCAAUAAAGACUAGUUUACUUUU